CACAAGUGUCCUAACGAGAGAGCACAUUUUCAAUGACAGGCUCAUUACACUAGCCAAUCAAAACGCAUGGGUUGUACCAUUUACAUUAGCGUGUGUUGUAUACUGUGGUUGUAUGAAGUUUGUAGACAGACAUUAGCACUUUUUUCGGACUGUAAAGACAGAAGUUCAAUUGGAAGACCGAUAGUUUUCAUCUGGCUGAUCGCAAUUUAUUUUUGGGCCCAUCAAUUCCUCAGUUGGCUGUAAGAAGAUCCAUAAUCUCCUCCUCUUGACUUGGUGACCUACUGUCCUAUUAUGGCUGAGAAGCUAGCGUCCUUCGGUAAGAUGCUGCUCCGGCGACGGGCGCUGGACUGUAACCAGGAAGAGAGCCACUUUGCCCGCUGCCUGACCACGCUGGACCUUAUUGCCCUGGGGGUGGGCGCCACUCUGGGGGCUGGCGUCUAUGUGCUGGCUGGAGAGGUGGCCAGGGAGAAGGCCGGCCCAGCCAUCGUGCUCUGCUUCCUCAUCGCAGCGCUCUCCUCCGUCCUUGCUGGUCUGUGUUAUGCUGAGUUUGGUGCCCGUGUGCCCAAGACUGGUUCAGCCUACAUAUACAGCUAUGUGACUGUGGGGGAAAUCUGGGCCUUCGUCACUGGCUGGAACCUCAUCCUCUCCUAUGUCAUAGGCACAGCCAGUGUUGCUCGGGCCUGGAGCUCCACCUUUGACAACCUGGUUGAACAGAAGAUCUCAGACUUCUUCAGAGCCUCCAUGUCCAUCAAGGUCCCUGGGAAGAUUCUUGCUGAAUACCCAGACCUCUUUGCCUUCAUCCUGAUCUUGCUGCUCAGUGGCCUGCUGGCGUUUGGCGUGAGCGAGUCGGCCCUGGUGAACAAGAUCUUCACGGGGGUCAACCUGGUGGUGCUGGGCUUCGUCAUCAUCUCAGGACUGGUGAAGGGAGACUGUGCCAACUGGAGCCUCACUGUGGAGGACUUCGUCAACACAACCAACAUCACUGAUCCAGAGAUCAUUAAAGAGAAGUUUGGCACCGGGGGUUUUGCUCCAUUCGGCUUCAGUGGAGUCCUGUCUGGGGCAGCAACCUGCUUCUACGCCUUUGUGGGGUUCGACUGCAUCGCAACAACAAGCGAAGAGGCCAAGAACCCUAUGCGUUCCAUCCCCAUCGGUAUCGUGGCCUCUCUGCUCAUCUGUUUCUUCGCCUACUUCGGGGUGUCUGCGGCCCUCACCCUCAUGAUGCCCUACUACCUGCUGAACCGAGAGAGCCCGCUGCCAGAGGCCUUCAGCUAUGUGCACUGGGACCCUGCCCGCUACAUCGUGGCUGUGGGCUCCCUCUGUGCCCUGUCCACCAGUUUACUGGGCUCAAUGUUCCCCAUGCCCCGUGUAAUCUAUGCAAUGGCUGAGGACGGCCUGCUCUUCCGCUUCCUGUCAAAGAUUAACAUCAAAACCAAGACCCCCCUGUUAGCCACCAUCGUGUCGGGUAUUGUAGCAGCCCUGAUGGCGUUCCUGUUUGAUCUGGCAGCCCUGGUGGACCUGAUGUCGAUAGGAACUCUCCUGGCAUAUACACUAGUGGCUGCGUGUGUGCUUAUCCUCAGGUACCAGCCGGGCACCCUGGGCGUCAGCGGUGCCAGUGAGAAGCUGGUGGAGCUGGUGGGUCUGCAGAGGGCAACCAUGGCAGAGGGGGACAGUGGGGAUGAGUUUGGCCAGGAGGGUGAGGGGGAGACCAGGCCCCUCAGGGAGAGGUUCACCCUCAAGAUGCUGCUGGUGCCCAGCUGUGACGUCCCCACCAAGACCUCCGGACUCAUAGUGUACAUCACUUCCGCUGUCAUUUCUGUGGUGUUCACGUUGCUGUGCGUAGUGCUGGCUGUGUGGGGGGCAGAGGUGGUGAGUGGCCACCCCGUGUGGGCCACCAUAUGUGCGAUACUGGCCUUCCUCUCUUUCCUGUGUGUGGCCAUCAUCUGGAGACAGCCCCCGAGCAGACAGGCACUCACCUUUAAGGUACCCCUACUCCCAGUGCUGCCAUUGGUCAGUAUCUUUGUCAACAUUUACCUCAUGAUGCAGCUGGAUGGGCCAACGUGGUGUCGCUUUGCAGUGUGGAUGGCUAUUGGUUUUCUCAUCUACUUUGGUUAUGGGAUUAAGAACAGUUCAGAGGCCACACCCAACCGCGGUAAAUUUGAGCCAGUCCUCCGAUCAAAGAGUCCCAUCUAUCUGGCAGAGGAUGACAGUGAGGUGGAAGGGAUGACACCUUAGAGGAGAAUAGUGGUGGAAUAGAUGGUGUACGCCCCAACGGCAUACCAUGCAAGACGAACAGGUGCACAUUCUCAUCGCGUUCAUUUUCAACUGUCUGGGCAUUGUGCUACAACCGACUGUCUUAACUUCUCGUCUCUGUUAUUCGGUCAUUCCUAUAAUGUAGAGAGGACCUCGCAUGCUAAAUAGAUUUUGGAUGUAUGUGCACUGAGAUAUACACUGAUUGUACAAAACACUAAGAACACCUGCGCUUUCCAUGACAUAGACUGACCAGGUGAAAGCUAU